AAGUGUCCAAACACAGAGAAAAACUCCUGCUGAAGCGACUGAUCUCCACACUGUUAUAAAGAUGGCGUUUAUUAAAGAGGAGAGUGAAGAUGUGAAGAUUGAAGAAACAUUCAGAGUCAAACAGGAAGAUCUGCAGGAACAAACAGACCUAAUUGAAGAGAAUGGAGGAAGGAAAGAGGAGGAACAUCAUGUCAAAAUUAAGGAAAACGCUCAUUCACAGUCUGAUGGUAUUUUGAAAAGGAGAGACAAGAAUCAUUUCACCUGCACUCAGUGUGGAAAGAGUUUUGGAAGAAACGGCAAUCUUAGGAUUCACAUGAUGAUCCACACUGGAGAGAAACCAUUCACAUGCAUUCAGUGUGGGAAGAGUUUCAACAAAUCAUCAAACCUUAAUCAACACAUGAAAAUCCACACUGGAGAAAAACCAUUCACAUGCACUCAGUGUGGGAAGAGUUUCAACCAAUCAUCAUCCCUUAAUCAACACAUGAGGAUCCACACUGGAGAGAAACCAUUCACAUGCACUCAGUGUGGGAAGAGUUUCAGCCAAUUAUCCCACCUUAAUGAACACAUGAUGAUCCACACUGGAGAGAAGCCAUUCACAUGCACUCAGUGUGGGAAGAGUUUUAUCCGCUCAUCAUCCCUUAAUCUACACAUGAGGAUCCACACUGGAGAGAAACCGUUCACAUGCACUCAGUGUGGGAAGAGUUUUAACUGCUCAUCACACCUUAAUCACCACAUGAGGAUCCACACCGGAGAGAGACCAUUCACUUGCACUCAGUGUGGAAAGUGUUUUAUCCAAUCAUCAUCCCUUAAUCAACACAUGAGGAUCCACACUGGAGAGAAACCAUUCACAUGCACUCAGUGUGGGAAGAGUUUCAGCCAAUCAUCAUCCCUUAAUCUACACAUGAGGAUCCACACUGGAGAGAAACCAAUUACUUUCACUUAAGCCGCGGUCACACUGGACUUUUCUCCCCAUAGACUUCCGUUCAUACGCAUGCGAAUGCGUCAGACCGGAAAUGCAAGUUUCGCAGUUCACUGCAUUGCAAAGUAACAAUAGAAACUGUUGCUUCCAGUCCUCAGCUUUUCAAUUCCACUUAAGGUCUCUGUGACCUCUGACCUAGUUUAGUGGCUCCUGAAAAUGGUUACAAAGAGACACACUGAACAUUCUUCAUGGCUAGAUGACAGUUGUAGCGCAGCAGUUCUGAAUGAAACAGCUCCUUUAAACUUUGACUUUUUGAGGGUUUGCAGAGCCAAUAGGAGAGGUGGAGGCAUCGCUGCCCUGUUUAAAGAUGUCUACGAGUGUAAACAAGUGUCAUUUGGUGACUAUUUGUCUUUUGAAUAUCUGAGCAUGGCACUAAAGGGUCAUGGAUCAUUAUCUACAGACCUCCAAAAUAUUCUCCAACUUUUAUUGAUGAUUUUACAGAGCUGUUAUCAAUAGUAACCUCUGAAUUCAACUAUUUUACUAUUGCUGGGGAUUUUAAUAUUCACAUUGAUAAUUCAGAAAUCAAUGCUGCAAAAGAACUGAUGACUGUUUUUAACACUUUUGACCUGACUCGGCAUGUUCAAGGACCCACACACAAUCAUGGACACACUUUUGAUCUACUUUUAGAUCAACAGGCAUUUCAUCGACUGUUGUUAAGGAUGUUGCACUGAUCAUUUCUGUAUUUUCUUUGAUAUAUUGAUCACUCCAGCUAUUAAAGACAGGUCUCUGUCAGAAAGAGAUGCAUAAAUGAGAACACUAGUGAGCAGUUUAUGAAGGCCAUAUCGCUAGCACCAAGUAUAUCUGCAGACUCUGUUGAUUCUCUCCUUGAUUUGUUUAACUCUA